GUAUUCGCUGGCAGUGUAGGCUACUUGCUAAACAGGGCGGAUGUUAUGGACUAUGAUUCACUGGGCUGCACAUUUCUCUGCAGCUCUUCUCUUGAAGAAUGCUAUCUCACCCGAUUAUUGGAAAAUCAUGUAGGAGAGGUUGUGUAGUCUGGUGCAGAAAAAGGACUUGGAUAGAGCUGAAAAAUGCCCAUGGGUCAUAGUUUCUCAACCGUUGUCUUCUCUCAAUCAGCACAUUCCUUGCCCAAGAAAGGUCGCAACAUCACCAUCCACUCCUCACAGCUGGUCUGCAGCAUUCCAGGCCCAGCAGGGCCUGCUGGUAACCCCGGAGCCCCUGGAUCUCCAGGGGCCAUGGGCCCCAUGGGGCCCCCAGGGAAGGAUGGCCCGGAUGGGAAGGAUGGAGAGAAGGGACAAAAGGGAGCAGCAGGUGAUCCAGGGAGGACAGGGAACCAAGGCAAGCCAGGUGUGAAAGGGCGGGAAGGUAUCAUCGGCAAAGCUGGACCUCGAGGACUGAAGGGGCCGCGAGGAAUACCGGGGAUAGCUGGGAAACGAGGACAAAAAGGAGAGCCAGGCGACACGGGCCAGCAAGGAGCUCCAGGAGGGUGUAGUUGUGGCAGUGCGGCCCGGUCAGCCUUCUCUGUGGCUGUGACAAAGAGCUACCCUAAAGAACGGAUGCCCAUCCGCUUCAGCCGGAUUCUGCUGAACGAGGGGAAUCACUACAACGCCAGCAGCGGGAAGUUUGUCUGUGUUGUCCCCGGGGUCUAUUAUUUCACAUAUGAUAUCACUCUGGCAAAUAAGCACCUGGCCAUUGGGCUGGUCCACAAUGGACAGUACAAGAUCAAGACAUUUGAUGCAAACACAGGGAACCAUGAUGUAGCGUCUGGUUCUACUGUCCUCCACCUGCAGCAGUCAGACCAGGUCUGGCUGCAGAUCUUCUACUCAGAGCAGAACGGACUCUUCUUUGACCCUUUCUGGACAGACAGCACCUUCACUGGCUUUCUUAUCUAUGCCGACCAGGACUAUCUCAUUGAGGCUGAUAAAAAAGCUAACGCUCAGGAUGACAGUCAAUCCUGAGAUAGAUUUUUUUAUUUUAGUAACUGGCUAAAGAUUGCUCCACAGUGGAAGGCCUCAGUGAAUCAUUAACAUGUUCUGACACCAGGGGGCACACCAGGAAAGACAAGUCUACCACAGUUAGGGAAACACUUGAAACUGUUUGAAUCUGAGCCCUGUGUUUUGGCCUCAGUAUCCCUAAUGGUGCUAUGAUUCUGACAAGAUAUUUUAAGAUAUCUCCAAUAAGCAAUAAAUAAGCAAACAGGUUGCCAUAGGUUGUUUUAUUUCCAUUAAUAGAAGGUGGCACACGACCGUCUUCUGAAAUGCUGAUUUAAAAAAAAAAAAAAAAAAUACACAAAGAAAACGUACAAUUGAAAGUGAAAUUGCUAUAUUUAUUUUACCGUAAAAUGCAGGGCCACAUACAGCACAAUUUGAUCUGAUGUGGGCCGCACCAAUGAAACCAUUGCAUAAUAACCUACAAAUAUCAACACCUCCAAGUUUGUCCCUAUCUUUAGGUGUAAUGAAGUACAUUCUGAAAACUUUUAUCCACUCAUAAAACAGCUGAUGAACAGCCUGAGAUACCUUCAGAAAAAUAAGCGAAAUUUCACCAAUACGUCUCAUUACAUGUGCAUUUUUCCCCAUACAUUUCAACUCUUGUGUAGUAAGGCUGCCAUCACCACACCAAGCUAGUCACUGAGGAAGCAGGUGAAGUCAUCCCCUGCCUUUCAAACCAUUUACAAAUUUUAGCAGUAGUGCUGCAGCAUAGUUUUGAGAUAGAAGUCUGAUACAGAUUAUUUUGUACUGAAGCUGCUCAUGUUCAAUAUCUUUAAAUUUGACCACAGAAAGUAUUCAUUAUUUUUUUUCUCAGAGAAUUGUAUGCUAUUUUACAUGAAGUAGGCUACUGGCUAUUUUACAUGCUCCCGAAACCUGGCAUCUCUUAUUCUUCACAAGUGCAUCAAUGUUAGAUGUGCAAAGUCAUCCAGUGGGCCUGAUCUGGCCCAAGGGCCACAUGUUUGACACCCUCUAAUGAAUCUUGAGCACAUUAGAUGAUGUGUGUGUCCCAUUUAAAGCUUUUUAAAUUCAGUAAAAUUAAGAAAUUGACUCUGGAUAGUUCUACAAUUUUUGCAAUGCAUUAAAAAUUAGACUCGACACAACUGAUAAUAGCUAACAUGCCCUUAGCAUGCAUUACCACAAUGUUUCCAAAGUGGGGCUGGUCUAGGGACCAUGAGGUGAGAGGGUUCCCUGGAUUACCAGUAAAUUUGAGAAAUAGUUUAAUUUCACCCUUGUUUUAUUUAGAUCAAUAUGAAACAAUGAUGGGAAGGAUGGAGAGCAGAGACUGAAAAGGGCAAAGAGAACUACUGUGUGUGUGUCUUAUAUCGCUGUCCUGUCUCUGUAACUCGAUUUAUUUCCUCAUUUGGAUAUGUUGAACAUCACACCUGUGUCCACAGAGUCAUGCUCACACAGGCUACAUGUCUUAAACUCAGAUAUAAGUUGGACCCAGGGAAAUGUCCCCCUUAAAACAGAUUUAGCAUUCCAGUGUCAAGCUCUGCAUGUACAUCAUUCUGAGGGGAGAUUUCCAUCUCAUUAGACAGAUCAAACAUUGCUCAUCUCAUUGGCUGUUAAUGAUGGAUACAGAAGCACUGUGUGGUGUGGAUAAAAAGUAAUUUACAGAAGAAAUUUAACUGACACUUGUGUCAUUUAGAUCAUUUUAAUUGACAACUUUUCAUUUAAUUCAUUAUUGUUACAGUAAUGUCUUUGAUUAGCAUUAGCUCAUAGCCUGUCCAAAAAUUCAGCCAGAUUACUUUGAGCCAAGGGCAUUUUUAUCUGGCGGUUGUCUCUGUAC